GAAAAAGGGAAUGAUUCCGUGGCAGGUUAGAAUUGAAAGAAAGGAAUUGAGAGAGGACGAACUGAGAAGAUGGGGCCACUCGUGAGGUGGAACAUUAAUAAGUAGUCAUUGGAUACUGAGUGCUGCUCAUUGUUUUAAAGAUUUAAAAAAACAUAAAGUGAACUAUGAAGACUUUAGAGUAUAUGUCGGGGACCACAGCCGGACAAAACCUGAUGUGUAUGAGCAAAGAUUUGACAUUGAAUAUUUGGUCAAACACAGGCAGUAUAGUGAAACAGACAGAGAAGUUCACCCUGACCCCAAUGACAUAGCGUUACUCAAAAUUAAAUCAAUGUCUGGUGAUGGUGCAGUUUUUAAUGAUUACGUGCAGCCAGCAUGCCUACCGGGAGAGAAUGAUCCUCUUAACUAUGGAAUGCAAUGUGAGGUCUCUGGUUGGGGAAUUCUCCGUGAAGGGGGACAUGUUAUGUCAGAUUAUCUGAUGUUCGGUAAAGUUCCAAUAGUAAAUGAAAGGAAGUGUGAAGAAAUGUAUAACGACAUUAAAAGUGAAAUGGAUUUACAAAGAAUGUUCUGCGCCGGUGACGGCAAAAUUGGUACUGAUACAUGCCAAGGCGAUUCAGGUGGACCUCUUGUCUGUGAUAUGAAUGACAGAAACACCGUUAUUGGAAUUACAUCCUGGGGUAGAGGCUGUGGGCGACCUGAUGCUCCCGGAGUAUACACAAAUGUUGCUGCGUAUGUAAGUUGGAUAAAAGAACAAAUAUCACUAUAUGAUUCAGCAGAAGGCUGCAUACUUCCAAAGAACUCUGCAAAGUUCAGAUACCCAAGGACAGCAUAUAAUGUAGGCGAGACGUUAACCGAGUUUGAUUGUGACCCUGGGUUUAUUGUAUCAUCACCAAGUAUAAUGACAUGUCAGAAAGGUGGAUCAUGGUCAGAUAAUGUUGUAUGCCAAAGGGGUUGCUCACUUCCAAAUCAUGCAGCGAAUCAUAAACGUUGGGGAACAACUUUCGGUCCUGGAGAAACUGUUAACAACUUUUUUUGCGACCAUGGUUAUGUUCUGUCAUCUGAAAAAGGAAUGACAUGUCGACAUGAUGGAUCUUGGUCACACACUGUUACAUGUAUUAAAGGUUGCACACUUCCAAAUCAUGCAGCAAAUUCUAAAGAUUUGAGAACAACUUUUAGCCCUGGAGAAACUUUAAACAACUUUCAUUGCAAUCAGGGUUAUGUUCUAUCAUCACAAAACGGAAUGACAUGUCGACAUGAUGGAUCAUGGUCAGAAAUUGUUACAUGCGUUAAAGUUUGCAAACUUCCGAAUAAUGCAGCAAAUUAUAAACGUUGGAGAACAACAUUCACACCUGGAGAAACUUUAAACGACUUUUAUUGCAAUCAGGGUUAUGUUCUAUCAUCACUACACGGAAUGACAUGUCGACAUGAUGGAUCUUGGUCAAAAAUUGUUACAUGUAUUAAAGAAUGUGAUUCAAAGGCAAGUUCAAAGAAGCGAACCCACUAAAACUAUUAGGAUUUCUACAGACUACUAUAUAUUCAGCAAAGUAUUUUACCUAUAUAAUAUUUUUAUGAGUCAAUGUUUUAAAAACAUUCCAACUCAGGCUGAAAACUUUAAUACGUACCAUAUGGGAAUUUGGAGAGUAAUAAAUAAAAAUGUAUGUGUCAAUUCCCAGAACUUUGAAGGAAAAAACAUGUAAAAUGACAGGUAAAUAUACAACAGAUGUGACUAUGUGUUUAACAUUCCAAAUAAUGAAAUAUACUACUGUUGUAUUGAUGUAAAGUGUAGUAGGCAACAUUAAAAGCAACAAUACAA